UACGCACUAUGGAUUUUGGUCAUGUGAUCUCGCCAUUUUGAAUCAUAAAUCAGGAAGUACCGACAAAAUAACAGAAGGACUUUGUUUCAGAGGCAUUCCCAUGAGAAGAAUGUGGUGGAGACAAGAUUUGCAUGUAUUAACCAUGAAUGAUCGCAGAGAGUACGACAUUUAAAAUAUCCGCUGCCAUUUACAUAUUUAUUGAUCGGCAGGUUUGACGGAGGGAUGCUGGAUAACUUCUCUGUAUCUUUACUCGAGCAGUGAUUCAUAAAAUCAGUGAGUCAUCGUCACUGAGAGGAUUUUUUUUUCAAAUUGUGGUAUGGUAUAUUAAGGACAUACAUUAAAGAAAGAUGGACAAGAUGUUGAAUCGUUUAAGGUCUAUGAGUGGAACAAAGUUAAAAAGUCCGACAAAUGAGAACCUGCCACCGGUCCCGGCACAGCCGCCCAGCAAGGAAGAUAUUCUUAAUACUUUAGAUGGAUUUGGGGAAAAAAUACAAGAGGUUCCUCCACAUGAAGACAACAACAACAUACAUGUACGACGUAGCAGUUAUACGAGUGUGGACAGUGAGAACAGUAUGGAUACAACAGCCUGUGAUACGGAGCCCACUAUUACAAGUAUAACACAUUCUUAUAGUUUAGAAUGGGAGAAAUUGUUCAUGAAACAAGGAUAUCUGCGGCACCUGAGAAAUUACGCGAUGAAGGGAAAUUUACGUAGCAGUAGAUUCAGGAGUAUUUCUUGGAAGUUAUUUCUUGGUGUUUUACCUGAAGAGCCCUCAAUGUGGAUAGCAAAGACUAAACAGUUACGAAGUAAAUACAAAGACCUUAAAGAUAAGUUGAUUGUGAACCCACGUAAAGCAGUGGAUACAGUAGAUCUAACAUUUAAUAACCCGUUAUCACAGGAGGAUGAGAGUCCAUGGAACAGAUUUUUCUUAGACAAUGAGUUGAGACUGACCAUCAAACAAGAUGUCAUAAGAACUUUUCCCGAGAUACAGUUUUACCACUCGGAGGAUGUUCGGGACAUGAUGAUCAAUGUCUUAUUUUGUUACGCGAGAGAACAUGACUCAUUAUCAUAUAGACAGGGGAUGCACGAGUUAUUGGCACCAAUGAUAUUUGUCCUACACUGUGAUCACCAAGCAUUCCUGCAUGCAUCUGAGAUGGAAUCAUUAGAUGAGAAGAUUAAAUGUGUGUUGGAUCCCAAAUAUCUUGAGCAUGAUGCAUAUGCAAUGUUUUCUCAAGUGAUGCAAACUAUGGAACCUUGGUAUGUGUCAAAGGAAGUUUACCCUACAAAGCAAGCUACAGAUCCUUCAUGCUCCCAGCCGUUUGCCAGACCACAGGAUCUGAACCCUUCUAAUGUGAUUGUGACAAAACUGACCCGAAUACAGGACUAUCUGCUGAAGAAAGCUGACCUUGAACUUCAUAUGCAUCUAGAGAGACAUGAAAUAGCUCCUCAGAUAUAUGGCAUUCGCUGGAUCCGUCUUGCUGUUUGGAGGGAAUUCCCGAUGCAAGAUUUGCUAGUUUUGUGGGACGCAAUAUUUGCAGAUGGUAUAGGAUUUGAUCUGGUCGAUUUUAUCUUUGUUGCCAUGUUGCUUUACCUUAGAGACCAUUUUCAAGUGCCCCGCCAUCUUCGAGACCCUCAUCAAUAUCCUCGUCCACCAAAAUAUACGUACCAAAGUGUUCAAACUGCUGAAAGAAGUCAGCCUCAACAACCUAAAGCUUCUGCAAGUUCAAAGCCACACUCAAGUUCUAGUUCACUGCAGUCAUUUACCCGUAAAUUCUACACCACGUCCCGACCUAAAUCACUAACUGUGACAGGUCGACAAAAAAUAUCUAAGUCAUCCAGUGAACCCAUGAACUUGCAGACCGAGAUAUCACCAGAUAGUCCUCCACCAGGAAAUGUACCUCAGCACAAGAGGGGUUCAUCAGCUAGUCUCUCACAUGUUGAGGACUCUAUGUUCAGGUCGGCACAGUCCAGUGGUAGCCUAACAAAGUUUGAAACCCAGAGUUUGAGGUCAGCUGUCACCACACCGGAAGAUUCAUCGGUGAAUGGAAGUCCAACUCGAUAUGCUACCAUGCCAACUAGAGGGAAACUUAAACACAAAAAACAGGCUGUGGAUCCUGCUGCAGAUGCUGAGAUAGCUGCGUUACGAGGUGUUCUACACGAUAAGGAAUCCAUGUGUAAUUACUGCGCCAGUAAACUUGACCGUCAUAUAGAGAGACUGCAAGCCCAGUUUUUACGUCAAAAUUUAGAAAAUGAAGACGAGAUACUGGUGGCAAUAGCUGGAAUUAAACAGGUACGAGAUGUGUUGAAAGGGACGUUGAGAUUUAGUCGCAGUCUUCUAGACGAGGACGAUAACGAGAUCAGUAUC